UGGUUUUUACGAACGCAUUGGUACGCUCUUACUAGUAUCAGUUUAAUCCUUGUGAUAUAAAGUGUUUAAUGCGAUUUCGACGAAAAAGGUGGCUGUGAUUUGAAGUCAGGAACAGUAGAAAGCUUCAUCGUGGUAAUAUUAAAUUUUCUAACUACGAGGAGCGCUGUACACGUUUCCCGCCUGUUAAAAAUUCUUACGUUAAUCGAGUGAGGACAAUUUUCUUGCAGAUAAAUGUCAGGCAUUGCUAUUGCAAGACUCGCCGAAGAGCGAAAAGCAUGGAGGAAGGAUCAUCCGUUUGGCUUCGUUGCAAGGCCAACAAAAAAUCCAGAUGGUACGCUUAAUUUGAUGAGCUGGGAAUGUGCAAUCCCUGGAAAGAAAUCUACUCCUUGGGAAGGUGGAUUAUAUAAAUUGCGAAUGAUCUUUAAAGAUGAUUAUCCUUCUAGUCCACCAAAAUGCAAAUUCGAACCACCAUUAUUCCAUCCAAAUGUAUACCCAUCUGGAACGGUAUGUCUUUCUUUGUUGGACGAAGAAAAAGAUUGGCGACCAGCAAUUACAAUAAAACAAAUCCUUUUGGGUAUUCAAGAUUUACUUAAUGAACCUAAUGUAAAAGAUCCAGCCCAAGCUGAAGCUUACACAAUAUACUGUCAAAAUCGCUUGGAAUAUGAAAAACGUGUAAGGGCUCAGGCAAGAGCAAUGGCACCUCAAGAAUAAAAAUUAUCUACUACUUGAUAAAUAUAAACUUAUGUAAAGAUACCAACACUUCUACGCAUAUAGUA